UCGGUCUAGUAUUUUCUAACUACCAUAAACACACAUGCACUUGCACAUGUGAAGAAGACUUUGGACUGUGGAAAGAUAUUAAUUGAGAUUGAAGUUCAAGCCAGGUUCUCAUAGCUUGCAUGCAUCGGGGGAACCUUGCUAUCUCUCCACUUCACAAACAGGCUCACACACACAAACACAUUGGGAGCAGAUGUGUGGUUUAUAAAUUCGAGAGAAGUGUGUAAGAGGUGACGGGAUUCUGAUUUGUAGGAUUAUCUCUUUUGGAAGAAAUCACAGAAUCUAACAAGAGCCAUGUGGGUUGUCCCUGCCUUGCUGCUAGCCCUGUCAAGUGGCGCUCUGUCUCUGGAUAAACUCGACAUGUGUAUGGAUGCCAAACAUCACAAAGUAUCCCCUGGACCUGAGGGAAAAUUGUACAAUCAGUGUGCUCCAUGGAAAGACAAUGCGUGUUGCACAGCUAACACCACCGAAGAAGCCCACGAAGAUAACUCCUACUUGUACAACUUUAACUGGGAUCACUGUGGUGCCAUGAGCAACAAGUGCAAGAAACAUUUCAUUCAGGAUACCUGCUUUUAUGAGUGCUCACCACACUUAGGGCCCUGGAUUCAAAAGGUGGAUCAGUCCUGGCGUAAGGAGCGUAUCUUGGAUGUGCCUCUGUGUAAAGAGGACUGCCAUGAAUGGUGGGAGGACUGCAAGGAUGACCUCACCUGCAAGACUGACUGGCAUAAGGGAUGGGACUGGAGCUCAGGUAUUAACAAAUGCCCCUCAAACAGCAAAUGCAGACCAUGGACCAGUGUUUUCCCCACACCUAAAGAUAUGUGUGAAAAAAUCUGGUCCCAGUCCUACCUUUACACCACUGACUCUAAAACUUCAGGCCGCUGCAUGCAGCUCUGGUUCAAUGGAACAAACCCCAACAAGAAGGUGGCAAAGUACUACCUUAACAAUGCACAGCACCACCAAAGCUUUGCCCUGAUCCCACUGCUGUUCAUGGCUGUCACAGUUUUCUCUGUGGUUCUGUAGUAGAAGUAUAUCUUGAAACCAUCCUUUAUUAUUGUGAAGGGACCAAUAAAACUUGUUUUAAAUGCUG